CGGCGGCGGCGCUGGGCUGGGUCUGAUCGCUCCUUGCAGUGCCGCUCGCUGCCGCGGCGCUUAUCAGCUCCGGCAGGGGCGGAGGGCGCCCACGGCGGGAAGGGGGGCGCCGAGCCGGCCAGGGGCAGAGAGCAGCAGCCAUGCUGCCCGGGGUGGGGGUGUUCGGCACCAGCCUCACCGCCCGGGUCAUCAUCCCGCUGCUGAAGGACGAGGGCUUCUCGGUCAAAGCGAUUUGGGGCCGGACCCAGGAGGAGGCGGAGGAGCUGGCCAAGGAGAUGAGCGUCCCCUUCUACACCAGCCGGAUAGACGAGGUCUUGCUGCACCAGGACGUGGACCUGGUCUGCAUCAACCUGCCGCCGCCGCUCACCAGGCAGAUCGCGGUCAAAACCCUGGGCAUUGGAAAAAAUGUUAUCUGUGACCGAACAGCAACUCCUCUGGAUGCCUUUAGGAUGAUGUCUGCAGCCCAUUAUUACCCCAAGCUCAUGAGCAUCAUGGGGAACGUUCUCCGCUUCCUGCCUGCCUUUGUGAAGAUGAAGCAGCUGAUUCAGGAGGGCUAUGUGGGGGAGCUGCUGGUGUGCGAGGUGCAGGUGCACAGUGGAAGUCUGCUGGGCAAGAAGUACAACUGGAGCUGUGAUGACCUGAUGGGGGGCGGGGGUUUGCACUCGGUUGGUACCUAUAUUAUCGACCUCUUGACCUUCCUCACCAGCCAGAAGGCUGUGAAAGUGCAUGGGCUGCUCAAGACCUUUGUGAAACAGACCGACCACAUCAAGGGAAUACGUCAGAUCACCAGUGAUGACUUUUGCACGUUUCAAAUGGUUCUGGAAGGAGGGGUGUGCUGCACUGUCACCCUCAACUUCAAUGUUCCUGGGGAAUUCAAACAGGAUAUUAUUAUGGUAGGUUCAACUGGACGACUGAUUGUAAUAGGCACUGAUCUGUAUGGGCAGAGAAACAGCUCUCCUCAAAGAGAGCUCCUUCUAAAGGACUCUAUGCCAGUCAGCAACUCCUUACUGCCUGAGAAGGCCUUCAGUGAUAUCCCAUCCCCAUACCUUCAGGGCACUAUUAAGAUGGUGCAGGCCAUCCGGCAAGCGUUUGAGGACCAGGAUGACAGGAGAACCUGGGAUGGGAGGCCCCUCACCAUGGCUGCGACUUUCGAUGACUGCCUGUAUGCCUUGUGUGUAGUGGACACCAUUAAAAAGUCAAACCAACUAGGGGAAUGGCAGAACAUUGCAAUCAUGACAGAAGAGCCAGAGCUGAGCCCUGCAUACCUGAUCAGUGAAGCCAUGCGUAGGAGCAGAAUGUCUCUGUACUGCUAGCUUCACUCAGCUCUUAGAAAGGAAUGGAAACACCACAGCUCUUAAAGAAUAAUUCAGACAGCAUAAGGAUUUGGACAUAUAAAAGUUUGACAAAUUUGGUGUUUAAACCAACUAAACUAGUUGGUGCCUCUAUAUUACGGUGAUGGGCGUGUUAGAAAUGCCUAAGCUAGACAGCUGGAAAUGAGAAUUGUUAAAGGGCUGACCUAAAUAACUUGUGCUAACUGUUUAGCAGCAGUGUUAACUGGCUGGAUAGCAAGAUAUCAUGGAAUCAGUCUCCUGCAUGGAAGUGCUUAUCUGAUCCAGUUGUGCUUACUGUGAAAGUUCAGGAAGGUCCUUUUUGACUUACCUGUCCAGCCAGAGGGCUGUGAAGGCUCUGUCAUGUCAGAAAGUCUCCUGUGGCAUCUGACGUGAAGAGUUCCUACCAUGCCAGCUGACAACACCACACUGUACUACUACAUUACUAACCAGUACAUAGAAUAAUAAGACUUGGUGUGACCAAGUGUCAUGUGACCAGGUCACACUUGGCAGCUCAAUUUUCAUAGUUUAUUCUGAGGGUUUUUUUGUUUUGUUUUUGUUUUUAACUACAAUUAAGUAGGGGACACUGUGGCUUUUGUAAACAAGUAAGUCUCCAACAGCAGCUCAUAUAACUGGGGGUGGGGAAAGCAUUCUACAAGCUCAUGUUGAGUUUCAAUGUUAGCUGUACAAAUGUGCUCAUAAAGAAGGUUUGUGCAAAACCUUCAUCAGCAAAAUCCAGGCCACGUGACACUCUCCUGAUUUGGGAUUUGUUACACAGCCAAAACUUGGACCAGGUUUACACACUUUUUUUCUUGUGAGCCUGGGAUUGAGUUCUGAGUGAACUGGGCUUGAAUUAUGGCAGAGAAUAUACAAAACUAAGUGGGCUUUUACCCAAAAGCUAUGUUUUGAGUUUUUGUGUUCUUUUACAUGCAUGUGAACCUCAACCUAAAAGAAGAAAUCUGCACCAGCCACCAAAUUCCCCGUUGCUCAGCCCAGAAGCUUUCAGCUCCUGAAGAUGGAAGGUCUGAAUGAUAGGCCACAAAGAAUGAGAAAAAUUCUUAUAGAUUUACAGGGAAAAAAGCAAAA